AUGGAUGUGGGCAACCUCAGCACAGUGACACAGUUUGUGCUCAUGGGGCUCUCCGACCUCCCCGAGGUGCGCUACCCUCUCUUCGUGGUCUUUGCCGUCAUCUACCAGAUCACCUUGGCAGGAAACGGGGCCAUUCUCUUGGCCCUUGGAAUGGAGCGAAAGCUGCACACUCCCAUGUAUUACCUUCUGGCAAAUUUGUCCCUCCUGGACAUCUUCUGCUCAUCGACCACCGUCCCCAAGAUGCUGCACAACCUCUUGAGCGGGGAGAACAGCAUUUCUUUCCUUGGGUGUGCAGUGCAACUCUACUUUCUGGUGGCCCUGAUGGGGACCGAAGUCUUCCUGCUGGCCGUCAUGGCUUAUGACCGCUACGUGGCCAUAUGCUUUCCUCUGCGUUAUGCUCUCAUCAUGACCCAGGUGCGCUGUGUCCAGCUGGUGUGUGGGACCUGGGCAGCUGGGUUCCUCAACUCUCUCCUGCACACUGUGUCCACCUUCCGCCUGUAUUUUUGCAAGUCCAACCUGGUCAACCAGUACUACUGUGACAUCCCACAGAUUGUGGCCCUCUCCUGCUCCUCCACAUUCAUGGCAGAGAUGCUUGCCUUAGUGAUAGGAGGCAUCUUUGGGACCAGCGCCUUCCUGACCACCCUAGUCUCUUACGUGUACAUCAUCUGCACCAUCCUCAGGAUCCAGUCAGCAGAAGGCAAGCGCAGAGCCUUCUCCACCUGUGCGUCCCACCUCCUGGUGGUCUGCCUCUUCUAUGGCACAGCCAUCUUCACCUACAUGCGCCGCUCCUCCAGCCAAGACUCCCUCUCCAGAGACAGACUUGUCUCUAUGCUCUACGGGGUGAUCACCCCGAUGCUAAACCCCCUCAUCUACAGCCUGAGAAACACAGAGGUCAAGGGAGCACUCAUGAGGGUCCUAUGUGGAGGAGCAUGUUCACGGCAAGCAGAGCAUUAG